GAAAGCAGGGAAUUUGUAAAAAAUAUCGAUCGAUCGGGCAGUAAGGAAUAUCAAGUUUAUACAACUGUUAUAUCCACAAAGUGGUUUCCACCAACGAAUGACCAGUUGUUAUCUUUUUGCCUGUCUGAGUUGCGACGAACGGCGGAACGAAACACAAAAAGGGGAAAAGUUAAUGGUAGAAAUCAGAGAAAGUUAACCUUCCUCGGUUGUAUGCCACCUCUUACGCGACAUUGCAACUUUACUACACGCGAGACGUGACAAGAAUAAACAAGUGGUAUGCUUGAUCGCUGCACAUCUGAGUAGCUACAUACGUGCUGCAGUGCACAAGACGCCCAGUGCACCGUCUAGUUUUGUACUUUAAAACUAAAACUGUACCUCGGAGCUAAACUUCAAGCUACCUCAAGGUACCUCAAAGCUACUCAAAACCAAACUUGUACCUCAAAGCUAAACUUCAAGCUACCUCAAGGUACCUCAAAGCUACUCAAAACCAAACUUGUACCUCAAAGCUACUCAAAACCAAACUUGUACCUCAAAGCUAAAAUGCAAAUAUCUUCAGACACAAAGCUAAAUCAGUUAUUCUACAAAACUCUCUACACUUUCAGAUCUUUCUACCCUGCAAGAUCUCAAGAAAAUUACUUCAUCAGACUUCCGAGAGUAGAUCCAUCGACGGAGCGAUAAGGCACAAUCAUCGACCAGCGUCAAAAGCUAAACAACCGGUACAGUUUCCGUUCCCGAUAAUCGAUGGGCCAAACGCGCCAGAUUUCGUGGAACUCCCGGUCCGAAAAGCUAAGCGCCAGAGACGUUCCCACGAAAAUCGCCCCUUUCGAACGCCGCUCCCCCUUCGAGUCCCCCGAUCUCUCUCCGUCCCUCCUCCUCCCCUGGUCCGGAGCGUGUGUGGGGCUCACGGGGAGACGUUCGCCAUUCACCUUGGCUCGAGGAGCGCAGAGAAGUUACCCCCACUCCGUCCUGCCGCGCACCUAGUCCCCCCCCACCAUCGGGAUACGGGGCACGCGGUCGUGUGUCGUCCCCGGGUACUCCCGCACACGACAUACGUCGGCCGCCACGCGACCAGUGCACACGCAUGCGAGUGCAUCUCGCAGCGAGCGACACGCCAGCAGCCGCGUGCAACCGACGGACACUGUCUCCGCGAGGACCUUGCGACCGAUUCCUCGCCGCUUCUUCGGACGUGCGCGCACGCGACCGCGACCGUCGCCAGGAAGCCGCGGCACGUGAGCCCCGAUAAACUUCCUACGAGUAACAAGUGUCCAGGAGAUUGCUCCUUUCGACGAUUAUCAACACAACGCCUGACCAGAGUUUAUCGAAUUUUGUCUUCGAGUGACAAUUCAGUGAAGUUAGUUUCGAGUUUCGGUUGUCAACGCUAUGAUAGAUCCACGAGACUCUGUUAACAGUAUGGGACCUAUCUUGACCAGGUAGCCACUCGGUGUCAGUUGUCCUCAGCUCCGACUGUUCGUCACCGUGAAUAAUCAUCGUUGAUAAUCGAAGAGCAACAUGUGGAGAGUAGUGGUUGCGCGUUCCGACGAGAACAGCACGUUGCUGUCGUCGGAGAUCGCCACGGGGCCCGUCGGUCCCAGCCACAUUUCCGGGCUGCCUGGACCACCUUCCGGCCACCACUGGGGCUACCCACCCCCGCCCCAUCCCUCUUAUCAGCCUCAGCAUCCCGACAUGCGCCACCAUCACGACAUGCGACCGCCUCACGACCUCAGGCACCCCACGGGCCCGGAACUCAGGCCCCAGGAGCUCAGGCACGAGAUGCACAGGCCCGAUCUCAGGCACCCGGAGAUGCAGAGGCACCAGGAGCUGCACAGGCCCGAGAUGGCCAGGCACCAGGACAUCAGACACCAGGAGAUGAUGAGGCCCGACAUGGCCCCGGAGAUGAGGCCCAGUCACGAGUUUCCUGAACUGAAGAUAGAUGUGGCGGACAUGAGGAGUCAGGAGAGCGGUCAGCAGCAACAGCAACAGCAACAGCAGCAGCAACAGCAACAGCAACAGCAACAGCAAUCGCAACAGGGACAGGCUCAUCAACAGAGGAACCUGAAGAGGGCUAUGAGCGACUCUGAUUGCGACGAUGUUUUCUCCGAGGAGAGCGGCAAAGAACCUUGCAACUCGCCGGGAGGCGAUUCCUGUCAGCACGCGUCGCGGAAGCGCAGAAGGGGGAUGAUCGAGAAGAAACGUCGCGACAGAAUAAACGCGUCCCUCGGCGAGCUGCGGAGAUUGGUGCCGGCCGCGGCUAGGGAUCCACACAGCGGCAAAUUGGAGAAGGCGGAGAUCCUCCAGCUCACCGUCGAGCACCUGCGGACACUUCGAAAUAAAGGACCAGAGGGCUACGACAGCACUAAGCUGGCGAUGGACUAUCACGCGGUGGGUUGGGGGGAGUGUGCAGCAGAAGUGGGUCGUUAUUUAGUGACGAUGGAGGGCCUGGACGAACGGGACCCGCUGAGGUUACGACUGCUCUCUCACCUGCAGAGCUUCCAUCGCGAGCAUCCGCCGUCCGCGGUGCCGGCCACAGUGCCACCGGCCACCUCGCUGACGUCCACCACCUCGACGAGCAGCUACGAGCCAGCGAGCACGGUUUCCACGGGAAUGCCACCUGGAACGGGGACCAUGCCUUCCCUUCUGGGUGGAACCACGCUCGGGUGGGGCCAAUAUCCGGGACAGUAUCCUCAGCAGCAACACGGGAAACCGUACAGGCCUUGGGGCGCCGAGCUGGCCUAUUGAGAGACGACAACCGGUCCUUGGCCGACUCUGAACCCGAUUCGGUGAAACUGUGCUUUGGUUACGCGACUGACAAUCGCGGGAAUAACGAAAACGUAGAGGAUAAUGCAAGCGUUAACACGUGCAGAGCUUCUGGAGGAUGAUGCUUCUGAGUAAAAUUGAGAUUUAGCGAUUGGAAUCGUUUGGGGGAGGAUUAUCUCUUGAAGCAAGGUUUCCCAACUCAUAGCAUAGACACAAGGAGCUACGGGGACUCGUGUCCCUCCAAUUUCCAGGAUAGUAUCCUCAGAAGCAACAUGGGAAACCGUACAGGCCUUGGGGCGCCGAGCUGGCCUAUUGAGAAACGACAACCGGUCCUUGGUCGACUCUGAACCCGAUUCGGUGAAACUGUGCUUUGGUUACGCGACUGACAAUCGCGGGAAUAACGAAAACGUGGAGGAUAAUGCAAGCGUUAACACGUGUAGAGCUUCUGAAGGAUGAUGCUUCCUAGUGGAAUCGAGAUUUAGCUAUUAGAAUCGUUUGGAGGAGGAUUAUCUCUUGAAGCAAGGUUUCCCAACUCAUAGCAUAGACACAAGUAGCUAUGGGGGCUCGUGUCCCCCCUCCAUUGGUACAAAAAAUGUAUCUGAAAUUGAUUGGGAACUCUUAGUUUAGAGUAAUAAGUCUAGAGCUUUGAUGAGAAUGGACCUAGAAUUUAGAUUCCACAUCAGAUUUGUUUUACCAAUAGCAUUGUAAUGGAGAGGAGAAAAUGUUUGACAAAUGUAGCGAAGAGCUUUGGAGAAAAUGGCCCUGAUUAAAAUUCAGGCGACUCUAGACAAGUGCUUCUAACGAUGAUGGACCAAAUGAAAUGAAAUAAUAUUUUUUACAAGCCAUUUUUAUAGAAACGACGCACGAACGCGUCUUAGGAGUUCAAUCGAUCAAAGCAUCGAUUGUUUCCUUAUGUGUGAUACCAAUGAUAGUCAUGCAAGUAUGUACCUAAUUAGCGAGCGAGAAAGAUAUUAUUUAUUGUUUACCGGCGACGUUGUACAGUGUACAUAUUGUAAAUAGCACACGUCUAUUUAAUAACUUUUUUCUAUUUGUCGUUCCGUUUGUAACGAACGAAGUCUGAUU